AUGGAAAAUAACCCUGAAACUCGUUAUAAGUCUAACUAUCAUUAAAAGAGUAUUGUCAUUAUUGGUGCUGGUCCUUGUGGAAUUUUAUCAGUUAAGCACUUGUAAGAUAAAGCUAAUAUAUUAUGCGUUGAUGCAAAGGAAGAUAUUGGAGGACUCUGGCAUUUUGACAAUCUAAAUGAAUUAAAUCAUCCUAAUCUUGAAAAGAAUGCUUUUUACAAAGAUUUAGGUGUUUUGCACUCAUCUAUGUAUGAAAAUUUAAUUACAAACUUACCAAAGUUUUUAAUGACUUACAAAGGCUUUCCUGUAAAGUAAUAGUACGAUGAAUUUAUGACAAGUGUGCAGUUCUUUGAGUAUCUCUAAGAUUACUGUUAACAUUUUAAUCUAAAGAAGCACAUGCUCUUUAAAACUUAUGUUUAAGUUGUGAGACUUUCUAAAAAUUUAUCUGAAGAUGAAAGAAAAUAAAUAGGCUUCGAAGUUAACAAAAAAUUCUUAAUUGAAAUAUCUUCAAGUUAAGAUUAUCAAGAUAAUGUUAGGUACAUUUAAGCUGACAGCGUGAUUGUUGCAAGUGGCAGAACAUCGAAACCAAACAUGCCAUAAAUAGAAAAUGAAGAAAUUUUCAAAGGUCAUAAACUUCAUAUGCAUUAUUUUAGAGAGGAAACCAUGAAAAAUUAUGAGAAUAAACAUUUAGUAGUAUAUGGUUGCGCUCUUUCAGCUUAAGAUAUUGUCUGGAUUCUCCUAAAAAAAACAGAGCCAAGCAAAUAGCCAAAAUAAAUAACUGUGAUUGGAAAUGCCUAGCAUAUUUCAAUACUCCAAAAAUCAACUUCUUACAAAGAGGAAUUUGCUAGUAAUAAAUUAAAGUUUGUGCCUACUUACAUCAAGAAAUUUGACUCCAGCAAUUCAGUAGAACUUCAAUCAGGUGAAAAGAUUGAGAAUAUAGACUGCUUUUUAUAUACAACAGGAUAUUAAUAUUCCUAUCCAUUUUUAGAAAAAUACUCUAAUAUUGACAGUUUAAUUGAGUUUCAAAGCUAAAAUUCAAGAAGAAAUUGUUUUGGUCCUCUUUAUAAAAAAAUGUUUUGCAUAAAAGAGCCAUAAAUUGUAUUCUUAGGCUGUAUAACCAAUACUGUAUCUAUUUAAUAAGGACUUGAAAGACAAUCAAUAGCAGCUUGCUAAUAUUUAACUGGUAGAGUUGAACUACCUACUUAAGAAGAAAUGAUGAAAGAAUAUGAAUAAGAGUUAUCUACUACCAAAGCUAUUUAUGGAGAUUGUAGAGACUUCUUUAAAGUAUCACUGUUUGUUGGUUUAAAUGAGUUUUUAUAUUUUAGAUCAUUAGCUUAACUAUGUAAAAUGGAAUAUGAUAGUUAGUUUGAAGAUUAUGUUCUCAAUGUAGCAGUCCCUAUAAUGAAGCAAAUAUUUUUGAAUGGAGAAUAUCCUUAAUUAAAAUCAUAAGUCUUUUCUGAUAAAUUACCAGAGAACUACAGUCCUCCAACCAAUUUAUUUUGA